AUGGUUGAAGACAUUAUCCAGUUGCCAUUGCAAGAGGAAAAAAUGGAGUUGAGCUGGAAGAUUGCUCGUGAAGUGAAUGACACGAUUCGCACCUAUGGGAAGGAGGCUUCCUAUGUCCCCCCUGGCCUGCUGUCACUUGCAGCAGAGAUCUUUCACGCUCAGAGGCACACCACACAAUUGGUGGAAAUACCGGAUUGGACCCGUCUUGGGCACAAUCAGGACAUGUGCAUGAAGCACCCAUUGUACAGUAAGACAUUGGGUGAUGUACCACCUAUUGCGCCUGCAGCUCCUGCAACUGCACUGGUACCUACACCUGCACCUGCACCCACACCUGCACCACCACCUUCUCCUGCUCGUGCCCCGGCACCUGCACCACAUGUCAGCAUUCACAUGCCCAGACAUGCAGCAUCUGGUGAGCCUGCACCGGCAGGGCUGUCGAAAACACGGAAAUGUUGCCUCAGUACCAGCCCUCCUUUGCCUCGUGCCAACUGGUCCCGGAAGCCUGUCAUCAAGUCGAAGGAGAUCUUGUCCAACACUGACACUGACACUGAGAAGGGGAAGGGGAAGGGAAGGGAAGGGGAAGGGGAAGGGGAAGGGGAAGGGGAAGGGAAGGGAAGGGGAAGGGGAAGGGGAAGGGAAGGCAAGGCCAAGGCACCGGAAGUUGACGGCGAUGAGGAUGACGACUUCAUCGAUGUCGAUGAUCUUCCGGACGUCGAGCCCCGGAAAUCAAUGCGCAAGGCUGUCAUCCCUGCAAAAAAGCCGGGCACACUGAAGGCAAGUCGGUUGGUUGUGAGUGAGGGUGAUGAAGAAGUAGAUGAAUUGGAGGAGGAUGAAGAGGCACAAGGCAGAUCAAAGGCAAGUUUUUAUUUUUCUUUAUAUUUGCCUGGUCCAUCGCUGAUCCUGGUGCAGGCCACUUCCAUCCAGUCCAAGGGCAAGGGCACUGGCAGGAAAGCCAAGGUCCAAGAACAGCCCCCCACUGACGGUUCUCUGCCGCCUUGUGACAGAUGCCGGGCGAAGAAGGUGGAGUGUUGCCCCUGGUUGACGAAGAAAGGUGAUGUCGCCUCGACUUGCUUGUUGUGCCACCUCUGGAAGAUGGCAUGCAUCCAGACCGAUACAGCGAGCACCACCAUUGCCCCCACCACCGACACUGCACCCCCUGUGACUGCAGUCACCACUCACUCCAAGACAACCCAGUCCAAAGCCACCGGAAAAAAGAUGGGGCAGAAAUCUAAUGCGAAAGGCAAGUAUUUUGCUUCCGACAAGACAAUCCAGCAACCUAGUCCUAUCCAAGAGGAAGACGAGAGCGUCCAGAUGCUCAAUGGCACUGUGGAUUUGCCACCUCCACCUCCAUCACCGGCCAUGGCCUCAGAGGACGACAUCCGGUUCUCACCAUUACCUGUCGUUUACAGCCCACCCUCCCCUACCACGCCUUCCGGACCCGGUCAAUCCACCCGGCACCCCCUUUCUCAUGACCAGAUGGAGGCCAUAUUGGCCCAAAUUUGUCUUGAGAUGGAGGAACUUCGUACACGUGAUCGAUUGGAAAUCGACUUCCAGCAACUUUGCCUGGAGCGUCGAAUGGACCUCACAGAGGCAUCUGACAGCGCCAUGUCGGUGCAGAUUGAUCACAACGAGCAGGAUAUGCAUGCGCAGCAUGCACUCCUCUCUGAGUGCACCGCCGAAGUAAGAGGCAUUGUCAGGUAUCUCAGGGAGCAGAGAUCCAGUCAAGCGACAGCAUCAAGUCCACCGGCAUUCAAUCCACCCCCCAUCACAGCUCCCGGCCCAUCCAUCAGUGUGUUUGCCCGCACUGUGACCAACAAUGUCUUCACUCCGGAUGUAUCUUGGAUGGGUGCCCAGACCAGUGGUGAUACAUUUGGUGACACUGCAGAUGGCUCACCAGUCGCAAGGCACAACCGGGUGUCAUCCACCCCCACCAACAUCCCACCAUUGACAAUGAGGGAAUCCAGCUGGUCUGUUCCUCUGGUUGGGUCACCACCUGCGCAAUCUCCUGAUCUCCCAGUCGCCGGGCCAUCAAGUGUGCCAGCUGAUGCACAGUCCAUCUCGGCUCCUUUGCCAUGCCCGCGAUAUGGACCUCUGUCGCACCAAGGUCAAUCAGUGAGUGCUAGAUAUCCAUGCAAGCCUUCCGGUGAUUGGACACAGUAA